CGGCUAGGAAGUACAGCAAAUGGUGAACUAGCAUGGGAAGAAGACAGUCAGAAUUCAUGGACUCCUGAUAGCAGUGCUUGCACCUCCUCCACCGUUGCCACCACCAAUACAGGGAUAUGCCUUUAAACCCCCUCCUCGACCAGAUUUUGGCACUUCUGGGAGAACAAUCAAACUGCAGGCCAACUUCUUUGAAAUGGACAUUCCUAAAAUAGAUAUCUACCAUUAUGAAUUGGAUAUAAAGCCAGAAAAAUGCCCUAGAAGAGUUAACAGAGAAAUAGUGGAGCAUAUGGUUCAGCACUUUAAAACCCAGAUUUUUGGGGAUCGCAAGCCAGUGUUUGAUGGAAGAAAAAACCUUUAUACAGCUAUGCCACUUCCCAUUGGGAGAGAUAAACAGGUGGAGCUGGAGGUCACGCUGCCAGGAGAAGGAAAGGACAGAAUAUUUAAGGUGGCUAUAAAGUGGAUGUCCUGUGUGAGUUUGCAGGCUUUACAUGAUGCUCUUUCUGGUCGGCUGCCAAGUGUCCCGUUUGAAACCAUCCAGGCACUGGAUGUAGUGAUGAGGCACUUGCCUUCCAUGAGAUAUACUCCUGUGGGGCGAUCUUUUUUUACAGCAUCAGAAGGGUGCUCAAAUCCAUUGGGUGGUGGCAGAGAAGUUUGGUUUGGCUUCCAUCAAUCAGUCAGACCUUCACUGUGGAAAAUGAUGUUAAAUAUUGAUGUAUCUGCAACCGCAUUUUACAAAGCACAGCCAGUUAUUGAGUUUGUAUGUGAAGUUUUGGACUUCAAAAGUAUUGAAGAACAACAAAAACCUCUGACAGAUUCCCAAAGGGUAAAGUUUACCAAAGAAAUAAAAGGUCUAAAGGUGGAGAUAACACACUGUGGACAAAUGAAAAGAAAGUACAGAGUGUGCAAUGUCACCAGACGACCAGCAAGUCACCAAACAUUCCCACUUCAGCAGGAGAAUGGACAAACAGUUGAAUGCACUGUAGCUCAGUAUUUUAAGGACAGGCACAAAUUAGUUUUACGCUAUCCUCACCUUCCAUGUUUACAAGUUGGGCAGGAGCAGAAGCACACAUACCUUCCUCUUGAGGUGUGCAACAUAGUGGCAGGACAAAGAUGCAUAAAGAAACUCACUGACAAUCAAACUUCCACUAUGAUUCGAGCAACUGCCAGAUCAGCACCUGACCGUCAAGAAGAGAUUAGCAAAUUGAUGCGGAGUGCAAGUUUUAAUACUGACCCUUACGUUCGUGAAUUUGGAAUAAUGGUCAAAGAUGAAAUGACAGAUGUGACUGGUAGAGUCCUACAGCCUCCUUCAAUCCUCUACGGGGGCAGGAAUAAAGCAAUUGCUACACCAGUUCAAGGAGUCUGGGACAUGAGGAAUAAACAGUUUCACACUGGAAUUGAAAUAAAGGUUUGGGCAAUUGCAUGCUUUGCUCCCCAGCGCCAAUGCACUGAAGUUCAUCUUAAGUCCUUUACAGAACAACUGAGGAAGAUUUCCAGAGAUGCAGGAAUGCCAAUCCAGGGGCAGCCGUGCUUCUGUAAAUACGCGCAGGGAGCUGACAGUGUGGAGCCCAUGUUCAGACACCUCAAGAACACUUAUACUGGGCUGCAGCUUGUUGUAGUAAUUUUGCCAGGAAAAACGCCAGUCUAUGCGGAGGUGAAGCGCGUUGGAGACACUGUGCUGGGAAUGGCUACGCAGUGCGUUCAGAUGAAAAAUGUGCAAAGAACAACACCACAAACGUUGUCUAACCUUUGCUUGAAAAUAAAUGUCAAAUUAGGAGGUGUAAAUAACAUUUUACUGCCACAGGGAAGACCACCAGUAUUUCAACAGCCUGUCAUAUUCCUUGGUGCAGAUGUAACUCAUCCACCAGCUGGAGAUGGAAAGAAGCCUUCCAUUGCUGCAGUUGUAGGAAGCAUGGAUGCGCAUCCUAAUCGAUACUGUGCCACUGUUCGAGUCCAGCAGCACCGCCAAGAAAUCAUCCAAGAUUUGGCUGCCAUGGUUAGGGAAUUGCUUAUUCAGUUCUACAAAUCAACAAGAUUCAAACCAACUCGUAUAAUCUUCUACAGAGAUGGUGUUUCUGAAGGACAGUUUCAACAGGUUCUCCAUCACGAAUUGCUGGCUAUCAGAGAAGCAUGCAUUAAACUAGAAAAAGAUUACCAGCCUGGAAUUACAUUCAUAGUUGUGCAGAAAAGGCACCACACCAGACUCUUCUGUACAGAUAAAAAUGAACGGGUUGGAAAAAGUGGAAACAUUCCAGCUGGUACCACAGUGGACACAAAAAUCACCCAUCCGUCAGAGUUUGACUUUUACCUGUGUAGUCAUGCUGGUAUUCAGGGAACAAGCAGACCUUCUCAUUACCAUGUCCUCUGGGAUGACAAUCGUUUCUCUUCAGACGAACUGCAGAUUCUCACCUACCAGCUGUGUCAUACGUAUGUACGCUGUACUCGUUCUGUUUCCAUCCCUGCACCAGCGUAUUACGCACACCUGGUUGCCUUCAGAGCCAGGUAUCAUCUGGUGGAUAAAGAACACGAUAGUGCUGAAGGAAGCCACACUUCCGGUCAGAGUAAUGGCAGAGAUCAUCAAGCACUUGCUAAAGCAGUUCAAGUUCAUCAGGACACGUUGCGCACUAUGUACUUUGCUUGACAUGUUUUAAUGUUUAGCGACUCAGUACAAUACAGAGUUGGAUUCACAUGAGACCAGCUGCACUUAGACCAACAGUUGCCCAAGCUACAGUGACAGCCAGCAAUGAGUGAUGCAUCUUAAUGUUUUUUUUCUUUCCCGUUUGCAAGAAAGCCUUCCGUCCAGAAUUUCAGACUUGAUUAUGAACUGCAUUCUUGUACCAAACCCCACUAUUGUUGGAAAUGUGGUUUGCCAAAAAUCUCUAAGCUGCUUGGUAUAAAACAGACCCAUAUUUUAUAAUCAAGAGCUGUGAUCUCAGGGCUUAGGGAAAAAAACAAAAAACCAAACAAAAACAACCAAAACCAACAGCCCAACCCACAAAACUCGUCAUUCAGUUUGCUAUUCAUUGAAUUGCUUUUAAUAAUUUGGAAAGAUCUAAUUCAUACUAAAGUUUGAUGAGCUAAAAUGCUGUGAAUUACCUUUUAAUACAAAUGAAAGCAAGGCAUUAUUUAUGAAGCCUUGAUUAUUCUAGAUGCAUUUACAAAAUUUUUAUUUUCAAAAGCAAAGAGUGUCAAAAUUCUGGUUUUCAACUGUCUUAUAAAGAUUAUUCUGUGUGUCUAAGGGCAAAUGUAUUUUCUGAAGCUUGUUCUUGAAUGUUUUUUAUUGUGCUGCAUUUGAAAAUGUUUUUCAUAGACUAAAGAAGAAUUUUAAAACAGAAUGAACCUAAGCUUUUUGAUAGGUCCAGUUAGAUUGGCAAAAGAAAAUGUGCCAUUAAAAAAAAAAUUUGUAAAGAAUUUUUUAAAAAUCAUACUGACAGCUAACUUUAGAAUUUGUCAUACAGGACUGUGACAUUUGCUUUCCAAAGUCUCUAAAGAAUACGGGUCUGUGGUGAUAAAUACAGUACAAUCCUUUUUCACUGUUGUUUGAGUUAAUGUAAAUUUUAUAUAUGUUUCACAGUAUUAAUGUGAUAGACUAGACGCUAUUAUUUAUUUUUAUUUACUAAGGAGUGCUCAUUAUACUUCUGUAAACAUAUCAAGAAUGCUUUGGAUCUAGAAAUUAAAACCUUAUCGUGGGGGCGUUACUAUUCAAAUGCAAAAAAAUAUGCAAUUGACUUUGUGAGAGUUCAGAGAUACAUACAGUGUAUAUUGUGUAGCUUGUAAUUUGUAGAAAGUCUUCUUGGGUGUGCACACAGCAUCGCAGGUUUUGCCUGUGCAGUUCAGAGACGCACACGAGACCAACAUUCUACGUUCAUUCAAGCACAAAACAAUUGUACUUUAUUUAUAUGUUGAAUAUUGGUGAAGCAGAAGCUCUAAGAGGAGAGUGGCUCACUGUAAUUUAGACAAAAGUCAGAGAAUCUAUGCAGUAAAGAUAAAUCUUAGGAAACUGAAGUUUACUUAUGAAGGGAGGUGAAACUCUCUUCAUUAUGCAUAAGGUCAAUAGUAAAUGUGAGAGUUUUGCCAUUCUCUUAGGAGAAGCAUUAAUUAAAACUCAAUUAUUAGACAAAUGCUUCUGUUAGUUUGCACACUGGGUUCAUUAAAAAACCAUCAUACAUAUGUAAACCAUUGCACUAAUUACGAUGCCACAAGCAGGUUUAGAAGAAAAUGGAAAAAGCCUAGAAGACUUGUUUAUGCUGACUUGCUUUUGUUUAUUUUUCCAUAGGAUAACUGAAAUAACGUGCUAAGAGGCAGGUUUUCAAAACUCCAUUGUCUUCCACCAGUUCAUUUUGCUUCGUCUUUUCGCUUUUUUCUUAGCAGAUGCUCAGUCACUGUUUUGAAUACAUUUACCUCUAGCCAUCUGGGACGGGCGAGUAGCUUUAACCAAUACAGAGGUCUGUGCCAUAUAGCAGAUAGACUCUAACUGGUUGCUGUCGAAUAAGAUAAAAAAUGCUGCAUAAAGAGUUUUAGGUACAUAACUUUGUGCAAGUUCAGAUCUUCACCUUGUAGCAGUGUGUUGGUCGUCGGUGUUGUUUAGGUGAAAUAACAAUGUAAACCUGUUUGUAGAUUGAUUGUAUUUGUAUUAUUCUAAUUCGGUGAUUAGGCUGCUGGGUCAGAUUUUCUUCUUGGUCAUAGUUAUGUAAAUCCAGAUUUUAAAUUACGCUGGUAUAACAGAAAGCUUUCUGUGUCCCAGCCAGGUUGUACAUACCUCCCUAAAGUACCGCUGAACUGCAAAACCUUUCCGUGGUGGGUGUGUUGCACUCCUCUGUGCAUUUGUUUGAGAGGUUUCAUAUUUCAGUGAAGAUUUUAAUUUGGCAGAGUUUUAUAUAAGAAUUAUUUUUUAUAUGAAUUAUUCUUAUCAAAUAGAAAAAAGAUCAACCAUUUUAAGACGCCAUUUAGUUUAUUUGCUGUUUGUUAUGUAGAGACCUCUUGGAUGUGAAAUUCCUCCUCCUCUUUCCUCUCUGUGCAGAUCUGGAAUCAAUGACUUAUACAGGUGAUCAGAUGGGGUGAGGAGGGCAGAAUCUGUCUUGACCUCAAAUCUUAUUUCUGAAGCAGACUGUGGGACUUCACUGCAUCCUAUUUAGGAUGUAUUCUUUGCGCUGAAAUAGUUGUUGCAGCUCCUUUUUGUGAGAAAAUUUGUAUUAGGCAGACUCUUAAUCUGAGAGCAGCUGCUGUCUGUGUAUCCUCUUGGGAUGAACAGAAAUUUUGUGUAGCUUUCCUUCCCUGAGUAUGAAGACUUGGGAUGGUUAUAUGCAUUUCAGGCUAGGGACAUUUUUUUACCUUUUACACAUCUGUAUAAGCCUCUAAUACUACUAAUUCUCCCUCCUUCCCUACCCUUUCCCACCCCUGGCAAAGUGGUGAAUUAGUGAAUAAUUUAGAGCAUUUUUCAAAUAUUAAGUUUAUAUUUUGAGAAGUACAGCAUGCUGUAAGUCCAGCAGCUAUCUAUCUGGGAAUAUUUUUAAUAUUAAUUACAUAUUUAAAAAAGGUCUCUUGUCAAAAAAAACCCACCACAAACACCUAAAACCCUACUUUUUUUUUUUUUCCUUACCUCCCAUGUGUCUUGUAAGAACAGCAAUAUCUCAGGUAAACACAAAGCUCAAGAUGUCUCUCUCUCACACACAUUCCUGCUGUUGAAGUCACAGUUGAGGUUGACAGUUAUAACCACUAAGUCACUAUGCAGCUCAGGUCAGCAAUAACCAAAUGUGCGUUACCCUCUGGCAGUUGUUGGGUGUUUAUUUUUUUCAGCCUGUGCAGUGGAGUUGUGUGACUCCCGCUGCAAAAGAGCUCUGGGCAGGACCUCGUCCCCUGCCUUCCUCUUGCUGUCUGUAACAUUCCUGGCAAUGACCUUUUGCUUGAAUUUGGCCGUCAGCGCAGGCGGUCCUGGUGCUUAGCAGUCUGAAAACUGAUAGUAAUUCCACCCUGGUGACAGAACUAUGGUAUUCCCAUUGCAGACAUGGAGCUGUGCUGUGGACAAGCUGACCACUGCCAGAACUGCAGUAUUUCUUUUGUUUUAAGACUGUGCUUGAGGUGAACUGAUAUUAGGGAGUUGCCUGCUGUGGAUUAGUUUUCUCUUGAGUUUUUAUGGAAAUGCUAACACUAUUGAAACAGGUUGUAGAAUCUCUGUCUUCGGAGAGGCUCAGACUUGGCUGGCCAGGUCCCCGUGCAGUCUUGGCUUGCUGGACCUGCUCUGGGCAGGGGGCUGGACCAGACAUCUCCAGAGAGACCUUCUGAAGCAUGUGGUUCUGUGGCAAGCCCCAAAACCUAGCAGCAGCAAGUGUAAAAUUCUCCUGUAGGGAGGUAAAAAAUAAUGUCGACAAAGAUAAAAUACUUUAAAAUUGUCUUUCUUUUUAUUAAUGUAGAAGGAGGUAUAAUGCAAUAAUUCAGGUUGCUUAGUUUUGGAAAUUUCUGCUCCAGUGGCUCAGUUUUAUAACAUGUCCACUCUAUCUCUUCCAGCACACAGGAAGCUGAGUUGAGUCACUCCUUAGGAGGAGAUAUCUUGUUGUGAAAUGUUGGAAGGAGGUGAAUUUGUCUCUGCCUUACACAAGUUUGGCAUUCAAGAUAGCCCUAUGCAAUCUUAACACUUUUAGUGUGUAUAUAUGCACUGAUGUAUGGAGGAUCACUUAUUUUGGCUUGGUUUGCGUUAGAAUAUUUUGGCAACCCCGUUUGGCUUGCUGAAUUACAAUCAGUGAUCUUCUGUGUUACAGAAGCUUUGACAUACUAAUUUCCUUGUUUGUAGAUCUGUCAGGUUUUGGGUGAGUUGUUAGGUGUUGUGUCUUCAUCUGCUGGAGCCAGCAUGGAAAAUUUACAGGAAACUUUUAUGCUUAAAACAAGAAAUCCAUAAUAAAUAUUUUUGACCUUCAUCCAGGCCUCCAGGCAGUGUUCCCUGAUUGUAAAAGCAAAAAGGUUGUGAAGUUUUAGCUUUAAUUCUGACUCUGUCAAUAA